AUGCCGCAUUUGGAGGAAUUCUUCACCCACGGCAGCGGUGUGCUGUAUCUACACGGUCCCAAAGACGCAGGCCAGACGUCACUACUGCUACAGUUCGGCUUCACACAAGUCAAGGCUGGCAGAAACGUGGUGCUCGUCAUGUGUGGCGACGCCGGCGCGUCCCAGCAGCCGGCGGCGUCGGAGAUCGUUCCGCUUACUGCGUGUUCCAAAUGUAAUCUGCCCGUGCAGACCGGAGAGAACAACGGCAUCUGGAGCCGCAUCCACAUCAAAUAUCUUCGCAGCUGCGUGGAGUUGCAACACUUCUUGUGCUCGCUGCACGUGAUGGACAAGGAGACGUCAGUGUUGCUGAUUGAAGGCUUCGAGAGGUUCUUCACAGGCCAGAGUCACAUGAGCAAAGUGUACCAGACGCUGGCAUUUCUGUUGGAAGCUCAAAACUACAUGAAGAGCGCUACCGGGUCGGGAGUUGCCGUUGUUACGGGGAAUUCGGAUGCGUUUCUACUUCGAGAUCGGCCAGUAUUACGUCGAUGGUGCAGAUUUUUGGAGAUCGCAUCUCACGUCGAACAACCAGACGCAUUUACGCUUCGUGAGGAGGUUGAGAGUGUCGCUGACGUGAGUGAAGACACGCCGAGAGUCCAAGUAAAAUACGAAUUCGCCCUGCCAAGUGACGAAAGCAGUGGCAUGUUUCAACUCCUGCACGUACAGACACGUACACGGCAAUGAUGACAAUGCUGGUACGGUUGUUUCUCUCUCAUUCUCCUUUGUAUCGGGUUAAAUAAGCGGUGGUCUGGUACAACUAACUAUCCUGUUGAUUUUCUACGUUAUUUGUCAUUCCUUACUCGCUAUUUAGAGUUUUUUUCUACCUAUUCUUGAAAUCGUGAAAGAAUCACUCGACUCCCGCUGGUGAUGUCUCUCCCGUU